AUAUCUGAUAUGCAUUAACAUUUCAUUCCUACGCAUGUUCUCUUUCCCAAAGUGAAACUGUUUAUUAAUUUAACCUACAUAAACCUGCUGGCGAUAAACAGCUUGUAACUCAUACGAAAGUCACUAGGUGACACUGUCUGUAAAGCAACUUUUCAAAAGUCAAUCCCAGUUUGCUGCUACAAUAUAGCAUUACACAUGUAUUAUACUCUAUUGGCUAAUAUAUAUUCGACAUAACCCGCUACAAUGGACCGAUGUAACAUUGCAUCCCUGAGUGCUUAAAUGAAAGACCCUAGGCUGCAUGUGCUUGUCCCUGGCAAUUAGUUGCGCAAAAACAAAACUGCUUAGUAAAACACUGGAUGGUCGACUACGCAAUAUCCAGAUUCAUUACCAUAUCAAACUGGAUCCAAUUUAUCCGAAACGUGAGGGUUAGCGCGGCUCAAGUGCCCAGCGCCUUAAGAGAUCUGCGACUCCGCGCGGACUCGCGCGCGCCCCGAACGCGGUUUAUGACGCGGGCUCGUCGCGGUCUCGUGCUCGGGGUUUGGAGUUGGUGCCCGUUGGCUGUCAUACCGGAGCGUUAUACAUGCGUCGGGCAAACUAGCCAAGCUAAGUCUGCGUGGCUGACGUCCCCUAAACAUCACGCCAAGACAUGGACAACGGGACCAUGACAGCAGCUCCUGCGUUUGACUCCCAGGGUUAUAGUCCCACUUACAAAAGGAAAAGGACAGUGGAAGACUUCAACAAGUUCUGCACAUUUGUGCUGGCAUAUGCCGGUUAUAUUCCAUAUCCACAGGAGGAGGCGCCGCUCAGAAGCAGCUCCAGCCCUCCCAACAGCACGGGCAGCACGGCAGACAGCGAUAGCUGGGACCUCGCCCGGCUGGGCUGCGGCCUCCCCUCUCCGGAUGAACCACCGAGCAAGACCAGGAGCAGCUUUGUGGGCUUCAGGAGGCCCGUGGGCGAGAAGCUGGACCACCAGAUGCAGCCCAAGUCCACAGGCCUGCUGCUCGAGGCUUGCAAGAAAGCCGACAAGGUGAAGAAGAAGAAAAAGAAGCUGAGGAAAAGCAAGGGCGACAAGCCCGCCUCCUUCCUGCUGUUUCCGCCCAGUGGGGUGGAGCUUCCCGGGCUGGGUCGGGCCAUCAAAGAGGAGCCGGAGGACUACCUGAGUGUUGCCCAGCCAGCACCCUCGUGUGGUGAUGUGAAGCGUCCGGAGCGGCCUGCGGCGAGCCCUCCGCCCGGUCCGGUCUCGCAGGGCCGAGCAGCCUGCAAGGAGGAGCCGGAGCCGGAGGCGGAGUGGGCGUGCUGGGACUCGUCUGGCAGCUCGAGCCCCGAGUCCGGACACAACAGCAGGGAGAGGCUGGUUCUUCCCGAGGGCGAGGCGGUGGUGAUGAAGCUCGAGGGCUUACCCGGCACGAGGACCGUAAUCCGACAGGGCAAGCAGGUGGUGUUCCGCGACGAGGACGGAUCCGCUGACGACGAGGACAUAAUGGUUGAUUCAGAUGAUGACUCUUGGGAUUUGGUGACCUGUUUCUGCAUGAAGCCAUUUGCCGGACGGGCGAUGAUUGAGUGCAGCCAGUGUAACACCUGGAUCCACCUGUCCUGCGCCAAAAUCCGCAAGUCCAACGUCCCCGAGACGUACACGUGCCAACGCUGCAAAGACUCAAAGUUUGACAUCCGGCGUUCAAACCGCUCGCGCAUGGGGUCUCGAAAACGCCUCCUAGACUGACCCUGCCCUACCCCUCCCCGUUUACACACUCUAGUAUAGAUGGGAGAUGAGGACGGAGGAGGAAGGGCGCCGCGGUUCUGUUAUUACAUUUCGUUUUGAGCGGUUCUUUCUUCUUUUUUUAUUGUCCACCUUCCUAAAUGUUUGCGUAAAGCAAUCAAAAUCUAGGUUAUGCGUUUAAGAGAACAGAUUCUACCGCACGGACCUAAGGUGACAUAUAGUGGGCGCCGGAGUCUCGACGGUACACACCUGAAGACAUUUCAGAGCGGCGCUCUCAUUGGAAAUAAGAGAGGCUGGCGGAUGGCUCUUUUUCCUUUCUUUCUAUUGUUAUUUUUUUGUAAAGGGUGCAUCAAAGAGACCCUUUUAUACCCAUAGCUUUCAAAAGUGUGUCUGUCAGUGUCAAGUUAGAGUUGUUCAACUUGUAUUUCCUUGUGGAACUUUCUUGAGUCCCCCAGUUGUCAGAGGAUUAGAGCACUAUACUGUUUUAGUGAAAAUAUGCUAAUAAGAGGUACAGAAUCUGUCAUUGGAUGAUUACUGCACCUUUGGGAUAAAUCAUCAAAGUGCUAUUAUUUAGAAAUUCACUGAGAACAGUGUUCAAAAGAAACUACCCAGGGUUUAAAAAAAAAUACUUUAUUCUCCAUCACUCUUUCAUGUGGAAACUGUUUUGAAACAUGCCACUGACUAUAUCAACACUUCGUUACCUUCAGGUGUCUUGCACAUGACCCGGGAAGUCUGGGAUAUAUAGUCGGCUGAGUGUCCUCAGUGGUUCUACUCACUUUAUUAACAAAGCCUUGGACAUUCCAGCGUUAACUGCCAUGCUGUUUCUGCAUCAAGGUGUUUGUUUUCUUUAUGACUUUUGCAUGUUUUAUCCGGACGUGACGGCCUUUAACGUCCUUACCUGUCAUUAGGCUUCAAAAAACUAUUGCUUCUCUUCCGUCUUUUGACAACAUUUUCAUGAUAGACUAACCGGUCAUGGGUGGAGAAAACCGGUGGGGUCAAGGGUUACCCAGGUGCAGGUCUGUGCUCAGUAAAUGGGUUUCCCCCCCUUUUUUGCCCAUUCAGACAGAACUAAAUUUUAUAGCUCGUCUUAAAUGGGAAUAUAUGAACCUUUUUGUUCUAUUAACGCAAUGCAUGUCUGCAGCAUUUUUCUAGUGGACGUAGCCCAGUUGUUGGGGUUUAAUGAAAUAGGUGGUGUCCUUGCAGCAGAGGAGAAGAUUCAUAAUGUCUCCUGAACUUACUCUAUUCACUCAGUUGUUUGCUACCUUUAGCCAUAUAAAAUCUCAGAAGGGUAGCAGUCUUCUAGUGUGAUUGUGUGGACAUUUUGACUCUUCAUGACAUGGGCACCAUGUUCUCAGAUAUAAUUAAGCAAAGACAAAAAAAAAAUUAAAAAUUGAGUAUUUGUAACUUUUGUAGUUUCACCCUGUAGGACUAUUCAGAACUCUAAAGCAAGCAGUCUGGUUUUCCUAUUGCACUAUGGUGAUCAUUGAUAUGGAAAUUUUUAAAUAAUGAUCUUUUUGCAUAGGCCCUCCUGCAUAUCUAUAAAUUUAUGCUUUGGUUUUCCUUUUGUUCACAACAAAAAGCUUGUUCAGGGCCUUCAGACUGCACAUUUAAAAUGCCACACACACCUGCUCUGCUACCAAAUUACCACAUACCUGUGUGCCAGUUUGGUUGCGGAGAGAAGUCUUACUAGCAUCCUGGUGUGAUUGUUUUACAGUAACCUGCCACAGUAAAGACCUUUACUGUUCAGAGCCUGACGUGGAUGGGUCUCUUCUGUUCCUCAGCAGAAAAGCUCCCGGUGAUGACUGAUGUUUGUAGACAUGACCUGGCUGAAGUGGGGAAAGACAGCUUAGUCUGGUCGUGAUAUCAAUAGUCCACCUACUUGAUCGUACUUGUAGGGAAAUGUGGUCAGUAUUUAAAAGACGGGGUUGGUGUUUAUCGAAGUACUUGGUUAAACUGCUGAGACCCAGUUCUGGUCUUUACAUGCACACACGAUAAUGCACAAAGCAUGAUUACUGUCAAGAGCCUGGGCUACUAUAGUAUAAAUGAUCUAACAGCUCAUUUCUUUAAUAAAUCACCACAUGCAAUACUUGUAUGUCAGAGCUGACCAGAUGCCCGCAUGCAUUUUCUUCACUAGUGCUUCCUGCAAUUCCCAUAAAGUUUUCCUUUAAAUAAUUCAAGAAGGGAAGUGUUUUUAGUUUUUUGUGUGUGUGUGUGUGUGUGUGUGUGUGUGUGUGUGUGUGUGUGUGUGUGUGUGUGUGUGUGUGUGUGUGUGUGUGUGUUCGUGCUGAAUCAGUGGGAGAUAUUCCACAGUGAUUAGACCUUUGGGGAGCGUGACCUGCCCAAUGCAGAGACUUUUAUUUAUUUUGAUGUUUAGGUUUCUCAAGCUACCUUUCUGUAACUUUGAAGAAAAAGUCAACCUUCCCAUCUUGUUUUAUUUCCUGCAUUAACGUGCUUGCGAUCGCUAGCCAUCUGUCCAAAACUGGGGUUUCAGAUAUAAUGGUUUGUGUAAAUUUUCCUUUUGUACAGUCAUGUUUUCUGUUUGUAUACAGUGUCAAGGGUAGUUCAAUGCUGUUCUCCCCUUCGGUUGUAAAAGGAAUUUAUAGACUUGGUAAACAUGCUGGGACUCACUGUGUUAUAACGGGGUGCUGGAUCCAGAGAGGGACAGAGAGAAUGAACGUUUCUGUGAAACUGGUGUAAAUAAAGAGAUAUUGAGAGGGUACUGGUAAUUCAUGAAUUGAAUAGUAAUUAUUGAAUGGGCCGUAUUAUUUUAAAUAGGGGAAAGUUUAUAUUUAAAACAUGAACAACAUUAAAAGGAGUUUGCCAACAAUAAAAGUAGCUAUAUCACUGGUCAAGACACGUGUAACUAUUCACUUUUUAAUAUUUAAGUUGCUAUACAAGUCCACAGUAAUGUUUGUACAUGAACCUUUGUUAAGGUUGCAUCAGAGAUCAGAAUGGGAACACGGAUUAAA